AUGGCGGCAGUCACUCGCUUCGCCUUUCUGGCCACGGCCAUUGUCUUUCAUCUCGUCUACUUGCUCUCCAUCUUUGACAUUUACUUUGUCAGCCCCAUCGUUUCCGGAAUGCGACUCGUUGGCGUCGAACGUCCAGUCUCCGUGAAGCCGCCGGCCGACAGAUUGGUAUUGAUUGUGGGCGACGGACUCCGUGCGGACAAGGCGUUUCAAUCGUUUCCAGAACCUUACCCCAAGUCGGAUGGCGAUUUGCUACCCAGGCCUCUGGCGCCCUUUCUGCGCUCGUGCGUACUUGACCAGGGGACCUUUGGCGUUUCCCACACACGUGUUCCCACCGAGUCUCGCCCCGGCCAUGUCGCCUUGAUCGCCGGCCUUUACGAAGACGUCUCUGCCGUGGCCACGGGCUGGAAGCUCAAUCCAGUCAACUUUGACAGCGUCUUCAACCGCAGUCGGCAUACCUGGAGCUGGGGGAGUCCAGACAUCCUGCCCAUGUUUGAACGCGGCGCAGUACCGGGACGUGUCGACGCGUACAUGUACGAGCCCGAGUUUGAGGACUUCUCCAAGGACGCCACGCGGCUCGAUUACUGGGUGUUCGAUCGCGUCAAGGCAUUUUUAGCCGAAGCUGCCUCCAACCAAACACUUAACAAGGCACUCCGACAGGACAAGAAUGUCUUCUUCCUUCACCUCCUCGGACUCGACACGACCGGCCACUCUUACCGGCCCUAUUCGCGGGAGUACCUCCAUAACAUUCAAGUUGUGGACCAGGGGGUCAAGGAGGUGACGGAGCUCAUACAGAACUUCUUUGCCGAUGACAGGACCGCCUUCGUCUUCACGGCGGACCACGGCAUGAGUGACUGGGGCAGCCACGGGGACGGCCACCCGGACAACACUCGUACGCCCCUCAUCGCCUGGGGCUCCGGCGUCGCCCUUCCAGACCUGUAUCCCGACGCUGUUGCUCCUGGUCAUAAUGGUUAUUCGUCGGACUGGAACCUGGACCAUGUGCGGAGACACGACGUUUACCAGGCCGACAUCGCUGCUCUGAUGUCGUAUCUGAUUGGCACCGAAUAUCCAGCCAAUUCAGUGGGAAAACUGCCGCUUUCUUACUUAUCCUCUGACAGCCGUGAAAAAGCUGAGGCGUUGUUUGCCAAUGCGCGGAGCAUCCUUGAAAUGUAUCGAGUCAAGGAGGUUAAGAAGAGAAACAAUGAACUCCGGUUCAAGCCUUACAAGCCCCUGAGCGACGACGGGCGCACGCCCGAUCAGCACAUCGCCGCCAUCCGGCAGCUGGUGGUGGCUGGAAAGCACGAAGAGGCCAUUGAGGAGUCCGAUGCCUUGAUUGGAUUGACUCUCGAAGGCCUUCGCUAUCUUCAGACGUACGAUUGGCUUUUCCUUCGAGCGCUCAUCACCGCCGGCUACCUGGGCUGGAUGGCGUAUGCCAUCACCACGGUCAUCGACAUGUUCGUGCUGCCGGAGAAGAUAGCCCCGGAGCGGAACGUCGUGAGCAUGACUGCCUUUUCGUCGUUUCUCGUUGCUCUCUACGCCACGUUCUUCAUUUCAAAAUCUCCCAUGACUUACUAUGCGUAUGCAUUUUUCCCAGUCGUUUUCUGGGAACAGGUUUACGCCCAUCGCCGCAGCCUGAUGCAAACCCGUGGGGUUUUAUUCGGGCAUGUCACCUCGGCAGGAUCUGUCGUGACAGUCAUUCUGCAUGGCGCUUUCUUUAUUGGCAUCAUUCAGUCUCUGGCCCUAAGCUACAUCCAUCGGGAGAUUCUGACUGGCAUCUUUGUCUUGUCAGCUGCCUGGCCAGCGACGUAUGGCUUGUCAUUUCUUCAGUCUCACUCCUGCCUGAGCGGUGUUUGGGUCGCUCUGUGCCUGAUCAUGAGCGUUUUCACACUCCUUCCAGCCAUGAAGGCUGAGAAUCUGCCCCUGAUCCUCACUGGUGGCACAGUCAUGUCUGUGGUUGGACUCCUGUACUUGAUUUUUGAAGACUUUGUGCUCUCAGAUUUCUCGUGGGCCGGAAAGAAAGAUGCCUCUCGGGGAAAUUCAACGACCAGGCGCUCUCUUACUGGUAUCCAGGUUGGUCUUGUGCUGUUGGCCAUGGUGGUCACACGCUCCAGCGCAUUGAGCCUCCAAUCCAAGCAAGGACUCCCCCCCGGCAACCAGGUUCUAGGCUGGAUUGUUCUUGUCGCGUCGUUGCUCAUGCCACUGACGUAUCGGCUGCAACCCAACGCGCACUAUAUGCAUCGAUUGGUCGUCAUCUUUCUGACUUGUGCUCCCACAUUUGUCAUUCUGACAAUCUCAUACGAGGGCCUGUUUUACGUUGCGUUUUGCCUAACGUUGCUUGUCUGGGUCCGCCUCGAGUACGCCGUGGAGAUAUACACCAGGAAGCGUUGUUUGAGGGUGAACGCGAGCGCACCCGAGCCGCCAACUCCCGAGCGAGGUCGGACAACUUUCCGGUCCCUGCGCCUAUCUGAUGCACGAGUUGCCCUCUUCUUCAUGGUACUUUUGCAAUCCGCCUUUUUCAGCACGGGCAACGUCGCCUCAGUUUCGUCCUUCAGCCUCGACAGCGUGUGUCGUCUGAUACCGAUAUUUGAUCCCUUCUCACAGGGUGCCCUCUUGAUCCUCAAGCUGAUGAUACCGUUCGCGUUGAUAUCCGCGAACCUGGGCGUCUUGAACAAGAAACUAGGCGUGGCCCCUUCGGCCCUCUUCAUGGUGGUCAUGGCCGCGAGCGACAUUCUAACGCUCUACUUCUUCUGGGUGGUCAAGGACGAGGGAUCAUGGCUGGAGAUUGGCUCGACCAUCAGCCAUUUUGCAAUUGCCAGCCUCUUAUGCGUCUUUGUUGCCGGUCUGGAAGGGUUUGGUGCCCUGUUCAUAGCCGGGGUUGAGGUGGAGGAGGAACCGAUAGCAAGAGAGGCGUUCAGGGGGCAUGCUAGUGUAGCGAGUAGCUAA